GGAGCAAGGAGAUAACCCCACUAGUUGGGUUCCCAACAUACAAGUAAAGGAUAGAAUCCAUAGUGUGAUCUCUUCAUCCACACCGGCUUCUAAGUUCGAACCUUUUUUUCGUAUAAAUCUUUCAAGUCAUAGCAGUUCUUACUUUUGUAUUCAGAGCACCCAGAGGUCAAAGACUCUAACUUUUCUCUCCAAUGGCUAUUAGGGUGAUAUCAGAAUGUGGUCUCAGACCACUCCCCAAAAUUCACCCUAAUCCAAGAACUUCUUCAAUUUCUCCUAAUUCUUAUAACCCAUCAAGGUUAAGUUUUUCAAGAACCUUUCUUUCCUCUUCUUCUUUUUCUAAUUCAAUGUUUGGGAGUGGAGAGAGAAACUGGGCAUUGAAAGUGAUUACACCGGUUAGAGUUGCAUCUGUGGGUGAAGAGGAAGAAGAGAAGAGGGAGGGAAUAAAUGAGAAUGACUUUUUUGACCCUGGUGCACCCCCACCAUUCAAGCUGUCUGAUAUUAGGGCAGCCAUACCUAAGCAUUGUUGGGCGAAGGACCCUUUGAAGUCAAUGAGCUAUGUGGUUAGGGAUGUUGCGGUUGUGUUUGGUUUGGCAGCUGUGGCUGCUUAUUUCAAUAACUGGCUUGUUUGGCCUCUGUAUUGGUUUGCCCAAGGAACCAUGUUCUGGGCACUAUUUGUACUUGGCCAUGACUGUGGUCAUGGAAGCUUUUCAAAUGAUCCAAAGCUGAAUAGUUUCGUCGGGCAUAUCCUACAUUCUUCAAUCCUCGUCCCUUAUCAUGGAUGGAGGAUUAGCCAUAGGACACAUCACCAGAACCAUGGUCAUGUUGAGAAUGAUGAAUCGUGGCACCCCCUUUCUGAGAAGCUAUUCAAGAGUCUUGAUAGUGUCACAAAGAAGUUGAGGUUCACUUUACCCUUUCCACUCCUUGCAUACCCAGUCUAUCUGUGGAGCAGAAGCCCUGGGAAAAAAGGGUCGCAUUUUGACCCAAACAGCGAUUUGUUUGUUCCAACUGAGAAGAAUGAUGUGAUUACCUCAACCUUAUGUUGGUCAGCCAUGGCUGCUAUGCUUGCUUGUUUGUCAUUUGUGAUGGGGCCCGUCCAAGUGCUCAAGCUGUAUGGAGUUCCAUAUGUGCUUUUUGUUAUGUGGUUAGAUUUAGUUACAUACUUACAUCACCAUGGACAUGAAGACAAGCUUCCAUGGUAUCGUGGAAAGGAAUGGAGUUACCUACGGGGCGGGCUUACUACUCUUGAUCGUGAUUAUGGAUGGAUUAACAACAUACAUCAUGACAUAGGGACACAUGUGGUGCAUCACCUUUUCCCCCAAAUCCCUCAUUAUCAUUUAAUUGAAGCUACGGAAGCAGCAAAGCCUGUGCUAGGGAAGUAUUAUAAGGAGCCAAAGAAAUCUUGGCCCCUUCCGUUCCAUUUAUUGGGAGAACUCUUUAGAAGCAUGCAGAAAGAUCACUUUGUGAGUGAUACUGGGGAUGUUGUAUAUUACCAAUCCGACACCAAGAUGGCUGGAUCUCAGAAAGAUUGAAAAUAUUAAAGUUUGAUUCAUUUUGUGGGUUAUUUGGUUGGCCCAUCAUGUGUGCUUGUUAAACUGCAAUUGAGCUUUUGAGGCAUAAAUCUGCUAUGUGAAGGGGUUAAGGAUUGUGAUGUUGUAAACCAAUAGAGCAAUUUUAGUUCCAUUGAAGAUUCAAUAUAAACACAAUAAUAUUUGGUUGAAAUUGUUUUGAUAAUAUUGAAAUUGGUU